UCUCGGAAUUCGGUUCGAAGUCGCGGUCGGAGUUUUGCGCGCUCUCACGUUGCGUCGUUGGGGUUGUGUGUGGGAAAAAGAAGCAACGAAAAAAAACGGCAAAUUUUGGGGCUGAAAGAAUGUGAGAUUUUGUUUGUUUGCGCUUCACUGCUAGUCGCGACAAAUUGCCGUGCAAAUAAAAAUAUUUUCAAGUUCGUUUUUUGGUGCGUUAAGUCUAGUCACUUAAACUACCGCUUAAAAUAAGUGCAAGAAGUGGAGGCAAGGUGAAGCACGUGUGUGCAUUCGAGGAGUGUGGGUGGAGAGUGGCUUGUGUCAGCAUGAAUGAAUUGGUGGUGACACCACAGUCGAGCUUCUGCUGCCGCAGACUUGGAAUCAAUUGAAUAGUGAUUACUACUACAUACUACUGCUUAGUCCGAGGAGAGGUGGUCAUAAAAUAGUGGCCACAAAUCACUUUCAGUCGCCAGUCGGACGUCGGACGCACCGGAACGGGUGUUGGAAGAAGAUUUCCCCUUAAUUUUGAAUCCGAUACCCGAGCUGACGCUCAAGUUUGCAGAAUUUUUCGAGUUUCGCGCGAUAAAAACAAAACAAACAAAUUUGCAAAUUUAGCACGAAUUUUUUUUAUUGUUUCGAUCGCGAGUUGGCCUAUUUUUGUGAGUCGUCGUCGUGAUUGUGGAAGGAAAAAAAUAACUGCUUAGAAGAGCAGAAAAGUUUUUUUUCGAGUCGACGAAGGAGUUCCAGCUGGUUCUGGCUGACUCUGAUUGGGUGGUUGGUUUGAUGCUAGUGUUUGGAGAACCUGAGUAAAUACGAACGAGCUGAUUUUUCCUCUCCUCAUCAAUCUUUUGAAGGAAGCCCAUCCACAAUGAAGUCACAUCACCACGAAAUGGAUACAGGUGGAUAUAUAAAUGAGGAUGAUGAAUUGGAGCCGGUUAUGGAAGACGAAGGUGGCCAGCUCAAAACCAAAAACGGCCAAAAGUACGUCAUCAACAAUGCCCCCCGGGGCAAGUACAUCUCGAGCUUCUGCUGGUACUUUACCAUCUUCCUGGUCACGGCCCUGCUGCUGCUAGCGAUCGUGCUGAUAGUGCUGCUGUUCAACCAGCCGCGGUUAUGUACCAGCGAAAACGGCCACACAAAUGGGAAUUCCUCCAGCUUGGUAGCGACGGGGUCCAUCUUCACGGUCAGUAGUAACGGGAAGGGUACGCCGGAACCGGCGGUGGCCAACGGGAACUCGAACCGGAAUCGGUGCUCGCACGAUCCAAGGUUGAAUACGAACCGGCAGCCUUCCGGUUCGGCGCGGAACGAUGACUACAUUGAUGAUGACAGUGGCGGCGGAAGGGAGGGGGCGCCGGAUGACGAGCAGGACAUUAUUACGCGGAGUUUCGGGUGGAAUCCGGUGCAUUACAAGCUAGUUAUCGAACCCAACUUUGACCGGUCAAUCAACAACGGCACCGUGGUAAUCAACAUACAGAGGGACCUGUCCUACAGCCAAAAACUCCUUCCAAUCAUUCUGGACAUCAACCAAAUUGAAAUCCUCACUUCCCAAGUCCUCGACUCUGAUGGCCAGGACAUCGCGUACGACGCCUACUACGGCCGCAACAACCUGUCGUACCACUUCCGCAUCAAGGAACGCGACGAGGGCGAAAAUCUCCUCAACCUAACCCUGCUGCUGGAGUUCGAAAGCCGCCUCAGCGACACGUUGCAGGGCUUCUACAAGGGUUUCUUCCUGGAGGAAGGUUCCACCGAGGACAAAAGCUGGUUCGCGAGCACGCAAUUUUCGCCGAUUGACGCGCGGCGAGCGUUCCCGUGCUUCGACAGUCCGGACAUGAAGGCGACCUUCGAGAUUUCGUUGGUCCAUCCAGCGGCCAAGCAGAGCGUGCUUUCGAACACGGAGGUGAUCCGGACGUCGGUGGUGCGGCCCGGGUAUUUGAGGGAGGACUUUGAGACGACGCCGCGGAUGAGUACGUACUUGGUGGCGUUUGUAAUUUCGGAUUUGCAGCUGGUUCAGCGGUCGGAGGGUUUUACGCCGCAGAUUAACAUCUGGAGCAGGCCGGAAGUGGGUCGGAUGACGAGUUACGUGCAGCGGUUGACGAUCCGGAUUUUGCCCUACUUGGAGCGGUACUUUGAUUUGAAGUUCAACAUGAAGAAAAUCGAUAUGGUCGCGGUGCCUGACUUUGGCUUUAGCGCGAUGGAGAACUGGGGGCUGAUUACGUUCCGCGAAUCCGCCUUCCUGGUUCCGGAGGACAACAACAAGAGCUCGUCGGCGAAGCAUACGGAGCGGGUUGCGCUCGUGGUCGCUCACGAGCUGGCUCACCAGUGGUUCGGAAAUUUGGUGACUCCGAGGUGGUGGAACGAUCUUUGGCUUAAGGAGGGCUUUGCGACCUACAUGAGCUACGAGUGUUUGAACUUUGCAGAGAAAAAGUGGCGGGUGUUUGAGACGUUUAUCCAGAACGAGCUGCAGAAGGCGUUCGAGAAGGACUCGGACAAGAGUUCGCAUCCGAUUUCGUUUCCGGUUGAUCAUGCGUCGGAUAUUAGGAGGAUUUUUGAUCCAAUUUCCUACUCGAAGGGGGCGUCGAUCAUCCGGAUGAUGAACAGUUUCUUGGGUGGGGACGCGUUCAAGGCGGGGAUUACGAGGUAUUUGGAGAAGUAUCAGUACGACAAUGCUGAGCAGGAGGAUUUGUGGGAGAUUUUGACGGCGUUCGGGCACGAGUACGGGACGUUGCCGGAGAGUUUGGAUGUGAAGGAGAUCAUGGACACGUGGACGCUGCAGCCGGGCUAUCCGGUGAUCACGGCUGAGAGGGUUGGCGAACGUACGAUCAGGAUCACCCAGGAGAGGUACAUGCUGCCGACGAAGGACGCGGCUGAUGAGACGAGGUGGUACGUUCCGAUCACGGUGGUCACCGAGUCUACCAAGGAAUCGAAAGAACCCGUUGAGGUUCGCUGGUUAAGCUUCGAAAAUCGCACGAUCGAGAUGGAAAUCGAGGCUGAUCGCGACGACUACGUCUACCUGAACGUUGAUCGUACCGGCUAUUACCGAGUAAACUACGACUACGCCUCCUGGAAGAAGCUCACCAACAACUUCCCCAACCUUCCCCCAGUGACGCGAUCCCAACUGGUCGACGACGCCUUCAACCUCGCCCGGGCCGAGUUCAUCCAGUACGACAUCCCCCUAACCCUCAUCAUCCUGGUCUCCCAGUACCCCCAGGACAUCCCCGCCUGGUCCUCCCUCACCCGCGGUCUCAACUACCUCAACGACAUGAUGUCCCGCGAACCCGUCUACGAAGCCUUCCUCGCCGUCAUGCGAUCGAUCCUGCGAAAGUCCUUCGAGCAGCUCGGCUUCGAAGACCGGCCCGAGGACGACCACCUUCAGAUGAUGCACCGCGAGCGGAUCGUCGGCCUGGCCUGCAAGUUCGGCAUCGACAAGUGUUCGGUGCGGGCGCAGACGCUCUACCGGCGGUGGAUGACCGACUUCCGGGACAAUCAGAUCCCACCGAAUCUUAAACAAGUCAUCUACUGCACCUCGCUGCGAGACGGAGGCGUUCCCGAGUGGAACUUUGCGUACAAGCGGUACAAGGAGACGGACUCGGCGUCCGAGAAGGAGCUAAUUCUGAGUGCGCUCGGGUGUACGGUGAAGCCGUGGUUGUUGUCCAAAUACCUCAACAUGACGCUGGAUCCGUCGUCGGGAAUUUUGAAACAGGACGGAGCUCGCGCCUUCCAGUCGGUGGCGAAAAAUUACGUCGGAAACGACAUUGCGUUCAACUUCCUGUACGAGAACAUUGAUCGGAUUUCAAAAUACUUCGGCGACGGCUUCUCCACCCUCUCCAAGAUGAUCGACUCCGUCACGUCGCUCAUGAACCAGAAGCACCACAAGGAACAGUUCGACCGGUUCGCGCGCAAGGCCCACAAGCACGGCCUCGGCACGAUCGAGAAGGCGAUCCACCUGGCCGAGGAGCAAAUCCUCAACAACAUCCACUGGCGGUCACGAUCGUACUACAAGCUGGAAGAGUUCCUCAACCAGCUGAUUCGGGAUUUGCACAUGAACAUGUAA